AGCUGGAUGCUCUUUUGUAGAGAAGAGUGCGAGCAGUACCAACAUACCUUCCCUGUCUCUCCCCUACAUGAAGACCCAAAAAGCUGACCUAUAUAAGAAAUGGACUGAACUGUGCAUGUGUGAGAGCCAAGCCCGGAUCCGGAACCAGCAGCUGCUGCAAGAUUUUUUGGGACUGGAGGCCCAAUUAGCAGUUUUGGUAGCCAAGACAGAUGCGCUGAGAAAGAGGAAGAGCGAUUAUGAGGAAUUCCUGCAGAGACUGAGGAGGGACCUGCCGAAGAACCAUGGAGCUAGUAGGAGACAGGAUUUGGACUCGGACAAGCCCCCGGAGUUGCUCUCUGCCGAAUGGGAUGGGCCGCUGCCUUUUGAAAUAGACUACCAGAGUGAACCAUCAUCAUUUACCCCCUUUGCCAUAGCACCAGCUCAUACCCCAAGAGCUCACAGGAGACUUAGGCCAAGGUUUUGGGAAUGUAAUCAGGCCAGAGCCCCUUUGGAGUAUCCUUUCAAUUCCCCCACAACUCACCCUGCUAGAAAACAUGGCAGCCCAGCCUUGCCUUCCCUGUGGUCUCCACAGGGAUUGCAGAAAGUUAAAAAGGCCCGGGACUUUCCUGGUCAAGAAAGCAGCCGUGCUUCAUCCUCUCAGCCUUGGCCAGUCCCUGGUAAGACGACUGUGUUGGAAAGAGGCCUUCCUUUCCCAGAGGAAUGGCUGGAGCCUGUCAUGACCCAGGUUCCUCAGGGUCAAACUAUCAGUAGUCCUAUGGCCAGGAAAGUGUUGAGGCAGGAGACACUACCAUACUGGGAAAAGCCAAGUGACAGAGAACUCAAGGGAAAGGAGGGAAACAAAAGGGGGAGCAAUGUUGAUGAGGGGGGAGAAGCUGCAGGAAGUCUGAAUUUGGUCCUGGAACAAACUGCAAAGGAGUCCAGGUCUGUGAGAGAGGUACCAGCCCAAGUAGAUGAGACUGGGGGACUGGAGCAGGGACAAGAAGACCAGGAGGACAACUAUGUGAGUGAAGUAGGAACACCUGGAGAAGGCAGUAGGCUGGGAUGUUCUGAGCAGAGUCCAAAAGAUUUAGUGGCAGACAGUGUAGCAGAAAGGGGGCAGGCAAACGUUGGGUCAGGAAGUCAGGAGGGUGGAAGUGAGGAGGGAGAAAGGAAUCCACAGCAUGGUUCUGGAGAGGGAGAAAAGAGUGAACUAGAAGAGGAAAGACGAUCUGCUGAGAAGUUUAGCAAGCCAGACAGGAGUGAAGAAAGGCAGAAUGGUGUCAAUGGAGACAAGGAGGGAGACCUAGAGCGGGCUACUGGGAGCCAGGAGGGACCCAGUUGCCCUGAAGAGGAAGAAGAUGCUGCCAGCACCGAAAGCAGCUUGGACGAAGUCAUUAUGGGACCCAAGAUGUGUGUCCCAUCACAGCAGGUCAAUAGUGGGGGAUCUCAGACCUCUAGUCUGCAAAGUGAGAGGCCUCUAGCUGCUGGGACAGAAAUGGCGGCUUUCCGAAAGUCAACAAUUCCAGGGGGUAGCGGUUGCAGUUCAGAAUCCAUUUGUGGGGAAGAGGAAGAUGAGGAGGAGGAAGAGGAUGAUGAAGAUGAAGAUGAUGAAGAAGAAGAGGAGGAGGAAAGUGAAGCUGAUACAGAUAUUGAAGCAGCAUUGGCUCCAAACUCCAAUAAACCAGAAACUACAAGGAAUCGGCUGAGAGAAGCUACAAUUCCAGACUCCCCAGAACUCGAGACUGACUCAGAAGAGGCGAAUAAAGACCGGGAUCUACAUGACAAAGACGAUUUUUAUGACUGAAGCCAAGAGCAGAAAAAGGAAAAAAGGAAAGGAAGAAACGAGGACAGGAAACAGAGUUCAGCCGGUCACAGCAGGGAUGGAGGACUUAUUUGGCAACACUGCAGUUGCAGUAACUUUAGCAUGCUUCUACCAUCUUUUUGACCACAGUGGUGAGAAAAUUAAGAAAAGAAUGGACUUCGCCCCCUCCCCUCUCAGGCUACCUCCCUGGCUUCUAGUAUUCUUCCAGGGGGAUUACCAACUUUAUUUCCAUGGUAGGAUUUUUGUGUUGUUAAAGCUGCACAACUAGAGGAAAUUCAUCUGGCAAAGUCCCCCCUCCCGCUGCUUUAUGUGCUUUCACAAGGAGGUUUUGUUCUGCUUUUGCUUCCAAACUGGAGCACUGCUUUGGUAUCAUCUACAUGACAUUGCGCUCUAAUGUUCUUUUCAGGUUUUCCCAUUUCCCAAACCUUCAAUACUCUGAUCUUUUAGGAAAUGAUGCAACUCAAGCAUGCAGGCCAAGUAGAAGAAAUAGUGCAGAACAGAAUAGCGCACAGCGCAGAAAACCCACCAGAACCAAACAGUGCAGACUCUCCUGCCCUGGAAAGGUCCUCCCAAAAUUGGGCUUUUCCACAUGAAGGGGGGGGGGGUUUGCAUAGGUUCUGGCCCCAUACUGCUUCAGCUUAUCCCCUGAUUUCUGCAAAUAUUUUUGUGCCUUUAGUUUUCUCUUCAUCGCCCCCUGCCUUUCCCAGUCCUUCUGAGAUCACUUUAUCCUGAUCUUUUUUGGAAGCUAAUUUUCAGUGCCCCUUUUCCUUGUGCAUAAUGUUUCCAUCGGUUUUCUUUAUCUCCUCUAUUCCCACACACCCCUGACUCCCUUUUAUAGUGACUGGACUGUCAUCAUCCGUCAAACCAUUUUCUCCCAUCCCAGCCCUGAAGAUGAGUGGUUUUGUUUUUGAUUUUUUUUAAAAAAAGUCACUAAACUAUAGGUAUAUUGAUAUAGCGUUGUAAUGAUAGUUUAAACAGGUCCUUAAAAAACCCAUUUUAGUGAUUGGUCCGGUUGAUAUACUGGCCUUGAUUGAUUUUAUCCUUGAAUUCAGCAGCACCAAAGUAUUAUGCAUUAUGGAAAUUUGAUGGAUUUUAUUGUAUGAUGCUGUUUUAUGAUGUUGUAAAUUCUUCGUUGAAAGCUGCAUGGAGGCCAUUUGAGGGAAGGGCAGUCUAGAAGACAAAUACAUUUCUUUUUUAAAAAUACAGCCAUUAUAUCAAUAAAAGUGUGUGAAAAAAUAUAAAAUGGGGGUGCUGUGAUAGCACUGAUGAUGACAGAACCCUCCCGUGAGAAUUCUGACUAUUUGAGAUAUGUGUGGAAGAAAAUAAACUGCCUCCAGAACUGUGAAAAUGUAGAGAGAGGGCAGACCUGUGGAAGUACUGUGCUCCAAUUAACUCCAACGCUUGUGGAUCAACUGCCAACAAAACCAGGAGUGAACUGAGCAUGUGGAAAAGCCCAUAUGUCACCAUUUGUAUGCUGUCCUUCUCUUGCCACUGCCAUUUUCCCAGCCAUGGUGCUAGAGGGCUUUUAAAAGAAAUUGCUCUAGCAAUUACUAUUUUUUUAAAGUUAUCACAAAGUAUUCUGGUGGAGCUGCAAGAAAAAACACAAAGAAAAUGGAAGUUGUGAGGAGCUGACAGAUAAAAUAGUUCAGGAAACUGCUUGUAGGGAAGUUCUGCUGCCAACCACGUGUCUCUGUAUUUGCAGAGUAUAUGAAUGCAACAGUGAUAUUCCAUGGUGUGUGGUUAGCAGCCGUAAUGACGUAUAAAAUGAUGUUAAAAAGUAUAACUGAAUCAAAAUAAAAUCUGGCAACAUUUCUUUUUUGUGACCUACCUUUAAAUAAGCCAAGUUGCUGCUCCUGUCUGUUUAGAAAUUUAAUAAAAGAGAGAAUUUUA